GAAGAAAGAAGAAUUUGAGUUAAAUGAAAAUUAGAAGUCAAAUCUGUCAAAAAAAAAAAAAAAAGAAAAAAAAAAAGAAAAACAGAAGUCAAGAUUAACGGCAAUUAUUAACUUCCUCGAAUUGCAAGUUGAAAAUAUACACAUGUACCAAGUUCAAAGACUUGAAUUUUAAACCUCUCUUCAAAGUUAAGAGGGAUAGGAAGAUAACACACGCCACUAACUUCAUGCAUUAAGCUAGUGUAAAGCUCCAAUGGAAUAUACAGUUAACUAUCUCAUGAAAUUCUUGCUAUUUCUAGUACAACUGAUUUAUACUAUGGUCUACUAUGUCGAGGCAGCUGAUGGAAUUAAAACAUCAUGGAUUAGGUCAGGUUACUGGUUAACAGUGAGUGCGAAUCCGGCUCCUGACAUUGAUUCUUCUCUCUUCACCCACCUCUAUUGUGGUUUCGCCGGCUUAAACUCCACCACUUACCACCUCUCCAUCCCUCCAUCCGACCUCCAAUACUUCGCUUCAUUCACCUCCACUGUCAAACGAAACAACCCUUCAAUCCAAACACUUCUUUCCAUAGGAGAUCAAAGUAUCACACCCACUUUCUUAUCUAUGAUCUCCAAUUCUUCAUCUAGGAAGUCUUUUAUCAACUCCUCCAUUCAAACAGCCUUAAGUUAUGGUUUCAAUGGUUUAGACAUCUGUUGUUUUCUGCCCAACACCACCUCUGACUCCAUAAACAUGGCAAAACUCUUCAACGAGUGGCGGUCUGCUGUAGAUAGUUCUCCUCAUGAAAAAAGAUUAAUCUUAAGCAUGGGCAUCCAUUACUUGCCUACAACUUCUACUUUUGAUCAUGAUAAAAAAAAUGGCACCGUCACCAUUGAUUUCCCUGUGGAAGCAAUCCAGAGGACCUUUGAUUGGGUUCAUAUGAUGUCAUUUGAUUAUUUUGUACCCCAAAAGGACAAAUUUGUCCACCCUCAUGCUGCAUUGUAUGACCCUUAUAAUCCCCAUGCUAAUACUGAGUAUGGGCUUAACCAAUGGAUCAGCAAAGGUCUACCAGCAAACAAGAUUUUGAUAGGGAUGCCGUACCAUGGCUGGGUAUGGACCCUUCUAAAUCCGAAGGAUAACCAGAUUGGAGCUCCGGCUUCAGGUCCGGGUAUCACUUCAGAUGGGUCACUGGGCUACCGAUGGAUCAAGAGCUUUAUGAAGAGUUAUGCAGCUAAGAGCUUGUACAACUCUACUUAUGUCGAGAAUACUUGCUCAUUUGGGUCUUUCUGGGUGGGAUUCGACGAUGUGGAGGCAAUCAAAACCAAGGUUUUGUAUGCUAAGAAAAAAGGCCUUCGUGGGUACAAUGUCUUUCAAGUUGCUAAUGAUGAUAACUGGGUUCUCUCUCAGGCUGCAGCUGAUAUAGCAGGUGGGAAUCAGCUCAGUAAAAGGCAGGUUUUAGUUAAGGUGUUGAUACCUGCGGCAUGUAUCUGCUGUUUCAGCUUAAUCUUCUAUUUUCUCAGAGCAAGACUGCUUAAUUACGCCAGAUCUGUAAGGACAGACACUCAAAACUUCAGUUACGAUUCACCAGACGUGAAAGCAUUCAGUUUCAAGGAUAUAAAUACUGCCACAGAUAAAUUUUCAUUUCACAGGAAGCUUGGAGAGGGUGGGUAUGGACCAGUUUACAAGGGCAAAUUAAAGACAGGACAGGAAAUUGCAGUAAAGAGACUUUCAAAAGCAUCAAGCCAAGGAUUUGAGCAGUUCAAGAAUGAAGUUAUGCUCACUGCAAGACUUCAGCAUGUAAACUUAGUUAAGGUGAUGGGAUUUUGCGUGGAAAGAGAAGAAAAGAUGCUUAUCUACGAAUACCUUCCAAAUAGCAGCUUCGACUUUUACCUCUUCGAUCCUGUGAAAAGUUUGCAGCUUGACUGGGGAAAGCGUGCUCACAUCAUUGAAGGAAUUAUUCAAGGCCUUCUGUACCUGCAAGAAUACUCAAGGCUAACGAUCAUACAUCGAGAUCUAAAAGCUAGUAACAUUUUACUUGACAAGGAUUUAAAUCCUAAAAUUUCAGACUUUGGCAUGGCAAGAAUAUUCCAAACAGAUGAAUAUGAAGCAAAUACAAGCAAGAUUGUAGGAACAUAUGGAUAUGUCCCUCCGGAGUACGUGAAACAAGGAGUAUACUCCAGAAAACAUGAUGUUUAUAGCUUUGGAGUGCUGCUGCUGCAAAUCAUCAGUGGUAAGAGAAAUAACCAAUUCUAUGGUGCUAAUGAAGAAUACAACCUCUUGGAAUAUGCAUAUGAAUUGUGGAAAGAAGAUGAAGGCAAGGAGUUUGUGGAUCCAUCAUUAGACGAUUCAAAUUCAAAAUAUAAGCUGAUGAGAUGUAUGCAAGUUGCUCUACUAUGCGUUCAAGAGAAGCAGGAGGAUAGACCAUCCAUGUUGGAAAUUUCAGCCAUUCUCAAUAACAAAAUUGAACACAUUAUGAACCCAAAAAGACCGGCGUUUUCCACCAAACCAGAUGCAGAGCCAAGUCAGCAACUUCCAUGCUCACAACAUUUAAAUUAUUCUAAUACUGAUUCAGUAUUAUCUGAGCUUGAACCUCGAUAAUGUUCCAUUGCCUCUCCCCCCCACCCCCUACCCCCACCAAAAUUAUACUCAUUUUUGUUUGUUUUUAGAUUUAAAUUUAAAAGUUUUUCUGAGUUAAUAUAUUAUUAAUCCCUCCAGCAUGCAAGAAAUCCUAAAGAUAUUGCUGAUCCAACUCACGCAGAGGGAAAUUCUUUACUUCAAAGGUUUAAAAAACAGAAUUCUUAUAUUCAUUUAUGCGUGUAGAGGCAAAUAAGAGCAUACAUGAGUUAGCCUUACAAUUAUUAUACUAAUCAGCCAAGCAAUGCAAUGUGC